GCUAACUUCAUGUGUAUUGGCGUUAGCGGCAUAAUUUCCACACGCCAAAAAAAACAACCUCAACACAACCGAUUGAUACAAUCGAAUCGAACCAAAAAAAUUAUUUUGCAAGCCACCACGUAAUUAAUCCAGCACAAAAUUCAAAAUGACCUCAACGGCUGGACCAACAAAUCAAUCAACUUUAUUACCACUUGAAUUGGUUGAUAAGUGCAUCGGAUCACGCAUCCACAUAAUUAUGAAGAACGACAAAGAAAUGGUCGGUACACUGUUGGGCUUUGAUGAUUUCGUGAAUAUGCUAUUGGAAGAUGUCACCGAAUACGAAAACACACCGGAGGGCCGACGAAUCACAAAAUUGGACCAAAUCCUGCUCAAUGGAAACAAUAUCACGAUGCUGGUGCCAGGUGGCGAUAUGCCGGAAAAUUAAACAUUAAGUUUUCUUCUUUUUUUUUAAUUAAGUGGAAAAUAUCGAUCCCCAAUAAACGCUUAUACUUAUCGAAA